CACUUGAUUUGUUCUUAACUGACACAAUCUGCCGUUCAUAUUAGCAUCCCCAGUAAAGUCCGUACAUUGAACCAUCAUUGAAGUUGUGUGUUGUAGACAGGUGUGGUGUAACAGAGUAUUAUAUAGUUAUUAAUGAUAUAGUCAUUUGAUGUGCAUUAGCAGUGAAGCUGAAUCAGAGCCGUACUGUUUCCAGUGUGAUGUGGUGCCCAGCGUAUGCCAUCACCAUCAAGGUCCCGAGAGCUCGGAGCUGGGUCCCAUUCCAGCUACUGGUUGAGCAGCAGCACACAUUCUUGGGAGCACAGACUGAAAACCUGUCCGACUCACAGCUAGAAAACCAUAUUUCUGGAGGUGAGAUUGUGAAGUUUGGUCUGGCGGCCUGUUGUGUCCAAGACCGAGCUCCAUUUAACCACCGACGGCACACGUCAGACCAUCCUUAAAAAUGGCAUGUGACAUGGGCACAUGUGCACGCUGAGAAUUGCAGCUUCAAGAUUACGAAAGGUGCCACUCCAGAAGGAUUUGUGUCCAAAGAUGAGGAAGAAGCAAAACAACGAGACAGAAUUCAUUGACAGAAUGAUCCUAAUCUUCAACAUAUGGAGAAACCAGGUCAGAAUGACAAAACAUCGGUGGAGCAAGUCCAUAUUCGUCACAUGAAGCAAGACAUUUCAGUCCAAAAAUGAGGUGGUUUUAUUGAAGCGCAUGCAACGCUGAGUCAUAACAGUUGUGAUGGUUUGUGAAAGUUUUUUUUAGAUCAACAUCAUAGGUUCAAUCGUUGCUAGUUAGUGCUGUUACUGGGGCCAAAUGGUAAGACACAUGGCUCAAUGGUUAACUGCUGCAAGAGAGAGGUGGAAAACAAUAGAUUGAUUUGGUACAAAUAAGGGACCAAUGUAAAGAAAGAAAGGGGGAGGGGAAAUAAAUCAAGAAAUAAUUCUGGAGCGCUCGCAGACUCCAGUGGUGAAUGGCAAAACAGUGAAUACAGAUGUGUCCGCGCGUUGUUUUUAUUCAGAAGUGUUCAUAAAGUCCCACUUGGAGCAGCCGCGGCUCCCGCUUCAGAAAGUGGUUUAAAAACAGGCCAAACUAAGGUCAGUAAAAGUUUAUUUUGCAAACUUCAUCGAUUUACAUCUCGAUCCAGCUCGGAUUCUGGUUUGUUCAGGCUGAGUCCGGUUUUUCUGGCUGCGCGCGUGUGGCGGCCCGUCAGCGCGCUCGCGCUUCAGUUACCGGAACUUCCGGGAGCCAGAGAACUCCUGCUACUUUAGCUUAGCCUCCGCUCGUCACCGCCGCUGCUCGCAUUCGGUCCCCAGUCCGUCCGUCCGCCGCCGCCGCCGCAGCAGCGAUGCUCGACAGAAACUCCGAGGCUCCAGGGAAGCGGAGAGGCAGAGCACCCGCGGGCACCAGCGGCCCCGGAGCGGCGACCAUCAUGGGCGCCAACAGCGUGUCCGGCGAUGGCACCAGCAACAACAGCUGCUGGGAAGAGGGAAGUUCGGGCUCCAGCAGCGACGACGAGCGCGGCGGAGGAGGGAUGCGGGUCGGCACGCAGUACCAGGCGCUGGUCCCGGACUUCGACCCGGAGGUGGCAAAGGCUUCGCAGUCGACUGAGAAUCUUGGCAUGUUGGUUUGGAUCCCCAGCAACACAUUAAACCAGACUCAGCUGGACGAGUACAUCGCCAUCGCCAAAGAAAAACACGGUUAUAACAUGGAGCAGGCCCUUGGGAUGCUUUUCUGGCACAAUCAUAACAUCGAGAAGUCUCUGGCUGACUUGCCAAACUUCACGCCGUUUCCUGACGAAUGGACAGUGGAGGACAGGGUUCUGUUUGAGCAGGCCUUCAGCUGCCACGGAAAGAGUUUCCGUCGCAUCCAACAAAUGCUACCUGAUAAAUCCACCUCCAGCCUUGUACGGUUCUAUUACUCCUGGAAGAAAAGUCGGAGUAAAACCAGCCUGAUGGACAGACAGACCCGCCGACACAAGAGGAGCAGAGACGACAGCGAAGAUGAAGAUGGAAACUCGGUCAGUGACCCAGAGUCGCAGCAAGAAGAAAAGAAGGAGGUGAAUUCUGUGUCCGAGAGGUCGGAGGUCAAAUCUUCUGCAGGUCUGAAGUCGGGGGGUAAGGCUUCUCAGCGCGUGAAGAAACGUCCUCCCAGAGGAAUGUUCCUGAACCAACAGGACGCCGUCUCACUGACCUCCAGCUCGGCUCCAGGGCUGAUCAGGCAGCUGGAUGGACAGCUGGUCUCCAUCAAGAGACAGAUUCAGGCCAUCAAACAGUCCAACAGCUCCCUGAAGGAGAAGCUGAGCUCCGGGGUGGAGGAGUUCCGGCAGCCCGAGGUGAACCACAAGUUUAACAGCCGCUGGACCACGGAGGAGCAGCUGUUGGCCGUUCAAGCCAUCCGGAAGUACGGCCGGGACUACCAGGCCAUCUCCGACGUGAUCGGGAACAAGUCGGUGGUGCAAGUCAAGAACUUCCUGGUGAAUUACAGACGCAGGUUCAAUCUGGACGAGGUUCUGCAGGAGUGGGAGGCUGAACAUGGCAUCGAGGGCGGAGAGCGAGAGGAGGAAUACAAGAUGGAGGCAAGUCCGGCGGAGGAGGAGGAGGGGGCGGAGCCCGGCGCCGCGGCAGUGAAGGAGGAACCGACAUCCCCACCCGACUCCCAGAAGCAGCCUGAAGAGCUCUGACCUCCACCUCCUAACCUUUAUUGCGUCUACUUCUUUGAGUUUAAUGUUCCCUGCUUAUGUUGGACAGUUGAGUUGAAGCUCGAUCAGAUGAUUCCCGUCGUCUCUGAUCCGGACCAAUCUGAGAACAGGCCAGAUCCACCCAACUGUGACGCCUGUGGUUUUCUAAUCGAUAUUUUAUUGGCGUGAGCGAGCGAGCGAGUGUGUGCGCAUGUGAGUGUGUGAAGAUAAAGCCAUGUUGGAUGACGUCACAGGUCGCAGGCUCGUUCUUGCCCCUGUGACGUUGUUCUUUUUCUAGUUAAAAUAAAAACCAAAGCUCAUCAGA